AGCUAAUGUUGUUAUUCUAUUCCAGGAAGAGAAGACGGGGAUUGCGUUUAACAUCGAGCAACUGCGUCAAUAACAGUUUUGACGAAUAUCUUUGGUUUUCCUCUACUCUUCAGCAUGGCAAAUGGCCUGUGCUGAGUGACCGAUGGCUCUCUUCCUGGACGGGACAUCAGUAGGCAGUGCCAUGGACACGUCAAACUUUGCACACGUCAUCUUCCAGAACGUGGGGAAGAGCUACCUGCACGCCGCUCUAGAGUGUCACUACACUCUCACCCAGUUCAUCAAACCACACACGAAGGACUGGGUUGGCAUAUUCAAGGUUGGAUGGAGCACAGCGAGGGACUAUUACACAUUCUUGUGGUGUCCUGUUCCUGAGGACCACACUGAGGGCACUGCCAUCCACAGAGCCGUGGUGUUUCAAGGAUACUACGUGCCCAACGAUGAUGGGGAGUUCUACCAGUUCUGCUAUGUGACCCACAAGGGGGAGAUCCGAGGGGCCAGCACGCCCUUCCUGUUCCGGGCUCAGAGCCCCUCAGAGGACGAGCUGCUGACCGUGGAGGAUGAGUGCAACUCGGACAUCCUGGUGGUGACCACCAGGACCGGAUACCUGGAGCAAAAGAUGGAGGAGGCCCACAGAGAGAAGGAGGAGCUGGUUCGGACCAUGAGCCUCCUGCAGAAUGAGAAGGAGCAGCUGGAGGAGGAGAAGGGGAGACUGCAWAAAGAGUGUGAGCAGGAGAAAGAGAAGUUUGCCCAACUGAGACGAGAGACCCAGGAGGUGCAGGUGUCGUGCCAGGCCCUGCAGGAGGAGAGAGAAGAGGUGAAAAGAAGGCUGGAGGAGGCCACAGCCAGGGUCCUGCAGUUGGAGGAUGACCUGAUAAGAGUCACCCAGAAGGGCCUGCAGAAAGAGACGGAGCUGGACAGCCUGAAGGACCGAGUGAAGAAGCUGACUCUGGAGAAUGACGGCCUGGAGUCACACCUGAAGGAUGAGAAGGAUGAGAAGGAGCUCUACAAGAUCCACCUGAAGAAGCGUGAGCUGGAGAACACCAAGCUGAGUGCAGAGCUGCAGAUGCUGAAGGCUGUGGAUGUAAACAAGGAGAACACCAUCGCUCAGUUCAAAGAGGAGGUGGGACGCCUCCGCUCCUGCCUCACUGAGAAGGAGAAACAACACAAGGAGGUCUUGGCCCAGGCCUCCCCCUUGAGUGAGCUGAAGGCCAUGAAGGAACAGCUUCGUCAGAAGGAAGAGCAGCUUCAGGCCAAACAGCAGCAGGCCUCCAUGUUGUCUGCUGAGCUGAGGGACGCGUCCAGCGCCCGCGACCGCACCAUGGCUGACCUGUACCGCAUGAGGCUGGAGUCAGACGCCCUGCAGCAGGGGAAGCAGGAGGCCCUGGCCCAGUGUAGCCGUCUGGAGUGCCUGGUGAAACAGAUGAAGAAUGAUGCCCAGCAGGAGGCGCAGGCUAAGUCUGAGGUGUGCAGGGUGGAGGAUGAGGCAGGGGCUGACCCAGCCACCGUGGCUGAGCUGCAGAGAGAGGUGGAGGAUGAGGCAGGGGCUGACCCAGCCACCGUGGCUGAGCUGCAGAGAGAGGUGGAGGACCUGAAGCUCCGGCUGCACAUGGCUGCAGAACACUAUAAGGAGAAGUACAAGGAGUGUCAGAGGCUGCAGAGACAGGUGGUCAAGCUUUCUGAACAACCUGGGGAGCUGAGGAAGAACCCAGCAGCUGAGGCCAUGGCCCGUUCCUCUGUUGUCAGUCCAGACAUCUCUGUUCGCAGGGAGUCAGGUUCUGCUGGACCCCAUGCUGGAGGCCCCUCAUUCCAAGGAGAAACUUUCAAAAGGUUUCAGCAGAGAGGCGUCCGACAGGAGACGCCCAAGUCACAGGAAAUGCAAACAGAGCUGAUGAAGAAGGAAGAGUGCUACAUGUGUGACCAGAGUGUUGUCUGCUCUAAGGAGGAGGAGAGGAGGAGAGGGCGUAGCUACAUGUUGUGA